AUGGCUGCCGCCCUGCAGAACCAGCGCAACCUGAUCUUCGCCUCCGUCUUCCCUUUCGCCGCCCAGUCCCACGGUUCCUAUCACUCGUCCUCCGCCCAUCCCACCCCGCUCUCCGCCGCCGCCGCCUCUCCCGACACCACCUUCGCCGCCCCGAGCCACCACCACAACCACCACCACUCCUCGCGCAGCACCCACCACCACCAUGAUCGAACCGCCGCCCACAACCCCAAGCUAGUCCAGCGCAACGUCGCCUGGAACACAGCGACCCGCUUCCUCAAGCUCCCCGAAUGGCACCCUCCUCCCUCCACCGCCAGCGACGACAACAACAACAACAGCCACACCACCAGCAGCACCACCAGCACCAGCACCCCCAGCACCGCCGCCCCCCCGCGCCCCCGCAAACACCACCACCGCCUCAACGCCGACGUCGAAGAAGCCCUCCGCUACCUCCUCAUCGGCGACGGCCGCCUCGACGCGGCCGAAUACGACAUAACACCCACCAGCGGCAGUGGCAGCAAUCUCUUCCCGGACCUGCUGGAAUGGUACACCAACGAAGCGCGCGAGCACUUCGUCGCCUGCGUGCGGCCCGCGCUGCUGGCCGCGUGGCGCCAGCCCGUCGCGCUCGCGGGCGGCGGCGCGCCCUGGCGCGUCCUCGAGCGCUCCGCCGCCACGCUGCAGGCCGCGCAGGCGUUUUACUCGUCGCAUCUGGACGAGUGCGUGUUGCCGGUCGUGCGGGAGCUGGAUUAUCAUCAGCAGCAUCAGCAUCAGCAUUAUCAUCAUCGUGGUGGUGGUAGUGGGGGGGAUGAGGUGGUGGUGGCGGCGCCGUUGUCGCGCGCGGAGAAGGUGGCGAGGAAGUUUAGGAGGGAUUUGCAUGCUAUCGUCAUGCAUGCAUUGCCGCAGCAGCGGUUUGCGAAGACGUUGGCUUGGGUGCUGUUCGAUGCUGGCUGCGGGCUGUUUGGGCUGGAGGGGGAGGGGGGAGGGUGGGGUGGCGGUGGCGGGGAGGAGGAGGAGGAGAGCCGGGUGGUGAGGGAGAGGGUGGCGGGGUUGUUGAGGGAGUUGAGGGACGUGGGGCUGGGUGGGGAUCAGGCGCAGAGGGCGGCGGCGCAGGCGAUGGAUAGUUUGAUGGAUGCGUUCAUCGGCAGUCAUCACAUGAAGGUGGAUUGGUAUGGGAAGAAGCCUAUGACCCGAGUUCUGCGGGAGUGGGUCAAGGAUGGUUACAGUCCUUUCAUCAGAGAGAUCUUGUCGUGCUUGACGGGCGAUGAAGAGAUGUUCGAGGUGAAUGAGGUUCAGCAAUGGACGAAUAUGGCAAUUGGGCGGUUGGGGAGAGCAAGAGUGGAGAACCUCUUUGACUACAUUGUCAAUUGGGACCGGUCCUUGGGGGCUAUCUUGGACUUGAAGGAGUACAUCACGUCGCCAGCGGCAAGAAAUCACCUCACGAAUAGCUUCUUGCAGCAGGUCUCCCGCAGACUCCUACAUGCCGGUGCUACAACGACGCACAUCCUCGACAUUUACAUCUACGUCAUCCGCGCCUUUAUUGAACUGGAUCCGAAAGGCAUCUUACUCGAAAAGGUGGCCAGGCCCAUCCGUCGUUACUUGAGAGACCGUGAAGAUACGGCUCGCAUCAUCGUCUCCAGUCUGUUGGCAGACGUGGAAGACGAGUACGGCAAUCGCGUCGAACUGAGUUCAGAUAUCAGUGCUGAGAUUGCCGAAGAGAUGCUCAACCCUGUUGCUGCGAAUGUCCAGGAUGAGGAUCUAGAGCUGAACUGGACAGACAUGAAUUGGAUGCCUGAUCCGGUUGACGCCUCUCCAGAGUACAGGAAAGCGAAGUCGGAGAACGUUCUGGCCUAUCUGCUGAGCUUGUACGAUCGAGAGGAUUUCAUCAAUGAGUUGAAGAACAUUCUUGGAGAGCAUCUCCUCAAAAACGAGGGCUCCGACUUUGAGAAGGAGAUACGUCUUCUCGAACUGUUCAAGCUACGACUUGGAGACAGUAACCUCCAGGCCUGCGAGGUCAUGCUCAAGGACGUGCUUGAAUCCAAACGGAUGAACAAGCAGAUCCAUCAUAUUCUGAAACAGCAGUCGGACGUGUACCGAGAUACCCCCACCGAACUCAACUCGCAGAUACUCUCCUCCUUCUUCUGGCCCUCGUUACGCGAGGACGAUUUCCAUCUCCCCGAACCCAUACAACAGCUCAUGAAAGAAUACGAAGCCGGCUUCGAAGGCAUCAAGGACAUGCGCAAACUCCACUGGCUGCCAGCCCUCGGCCGCGUCGCCGUCUCCCUCGACUUCGACGACCGGUCCCUCGAGCUCGAAGUCCUCCCCUGGCAAGCCGCAGUCAUCUACGCCUUCCAAGAGGAGGACGACACAGCCGACGGCGCCUCGGACGACGAGCCGCCGAUGACCGAGGAAGAAGAACGACAACACCAACGCCGCGCGCGCCUCCGCGCCGUCGGCGCCUCGGACGUCGCCCCGACGCCCGAGAAGCCCAAGAAGAAGAAACCGCCCGUCACCAAGACGGUCGAGCAGCUCGAAGCCGCGCUCGAAAUGGACGAGUCCCUCGUCCGCUCCGCCCUCACCUUCUGGGUCGGCCACCGCGCGCUCCUCGAGCAAGGCGGCGGCCAGCCCGACGCCUUCGCCGUCAUCGACUCCCUCGCCGAGCUCGACUCGGCCGCCGACAAGGCCGCCCGGCUCGCGGCCGCGGAGGCGCGCGAGCGCGCCGAGGAGCAGGACGCCGUCGGCGCCGGCGCCGCGGUCAAGAGCGCCGACGACGUGCUCGUCGAGAACAUGCAGAUGUAUCGCCAGUUCGUCGUCGGCAUGCUGACGGCCAACGGCCGCAUGGGCGCGGACCGCGUCUGCGGGAUGCUGAAGAUGGCGCUGAUGGGCGGGUUCCCGUUUGGGGUCGAGGAGGUGGGCGUGUUGUUGGGGCGGAUGGUGGAGGAGGGGGUGUUGGUGCAGGCGGGGGAUGGGUUUGCGGUCAAGAAGUAG